AGAGGGGAAGAGCCGGUGCUUGAGAAAGAAGAGGAAGAAGAUGAUGAGGAAGAUGAAGAUGAUGAAGACGACGUGUCAGAGGGCUCCGAAGUGCCCGAGAGUGACCGUGCAGGUGCCCUGCACCACCAGCUUAAUGGCGAGCGGGGCCCUCAGAGUGCCAAGGACAGGGUCAAGGAGUGGACGCCGUGUGGACCUCACCAGGCUCAGGAUGAGGGGCGGGGACCAGCUCCGGGCAGCGGCACCCGCCAGAUGUUCUCCCUGCCAGCCAUGAAUAAGGAAGGGGGAUCAGGAAAACCAGCCCUCCCCGGGGCCGACGGGAUCCCCUUUGGCUGUCCUCCUGGGCGCAAGGAGAAGCCGGCGGACCCCGUGGAGUGGACGGUCAUGGACGUGGUGGAGUACUUCACCGAGGCGGGCUUCCCGGAGCAGGCCACAGCUUUUCAAGAACAGGAGAUCGACGGCAAGUCUUUGUUGCUCAUGCAGCGCACGGAUGUGCUGACCGGCCUGUCCAUCCGCCUUGGUCCCGCCCUAAAAAUCUACGAGCACCACAUCAAGGUGCUUCAACAAGGCCACUUUGAGGAUGACGACCCCGAUGGCUUUCUAGGCUGAGCCUCCAGCCUGGCCCCUUGCCCCAGCCCAUUCCAACCUCCUCGCUCACCCAAGACCCGCCUCCCCAGAGUCCAGGAGCUGGACGGGGACACCUUGAACCCUCCUAAUGGAUUUCUGGGAGGGGACAACUCUUCCCUCCUCCUUUCUUUCCCUUGUCUCUUUCCCGUGUACCUGUCCCCCAGCACACCCCGAACUCCACAGCGAGUGGACCAUGGGGUGGGACACGGUCUGCUCCUUUCACCCCCAGGAGGGCCAACCCUCCCUCCUCCCCCCCACCCAGGACAUUUUUUGGAAAA